ACAGUUCCCAACAUUCCUCAGCUGGGGAGCUGUAGGAUAGUUUUCCAGUUAAAACAUGCUGCAGCGCUUGUGCUCUUUUGUGAAAGUAGAUUUGUGACUGGAAAUUCAAACUAGGCUUGGUAUCGCCUCUACCCUGCAAUAUUAAUAGCGAAUUCAGACAUGGUUCUUGACAAGUUUUUUUAAUCGUUUAAUAAGAAUUAAAACAUGUUUCACAGGAAUUUAGACCUGAGUUAGAAAGACCACGAACUCCGCUCAGGAUUUCUAUUGCGUUUUGUUUCUAAUUGGAUCACGAUUCUGGACUUUUCCGUUUGUUUCUGUGGGAAGCCCUCUAUCCCGUACAGGGCAGAGAAAAUAAAUGAGGAUCUACAGAACCAUAAAGGUUGGAACCUUUCUACUGAAGGGAGACCUCUAUGGGAAUGCCCAAAUCCUAGCUCUUUGCUCUACCAAUGAAAAAAUGGCGGUGCCUACAGAGAUGUUAAUUGUAGAAUAAAAUAUGGUGGAUUGCGGGUUCCAUUUGUACCAGAAGUUCGAUCUUACUCUUGCAGUCGUAUCCCUUGUAGAUUGAGCGGGCUGUUACGACGUAUCGUAAAGCGGGAUGGUCUUCGGUAUUUUCCGAAAGUUGGCUGCAUUUUUCUGAUGGGCUGAGACUGUUUCUCAGUCUGAGGCAUUCUCCACGCUGUCCAUUUGAGUUCCUCUGGUGAGAGUCGUGUGCCUUUGGCAAUUGAAUAACAGAGUGGAAAUUCAGCAGGUGUUUGCUGAUUUCUGUGAAGAAAGUAUAGGUUUUCACUGAAAAUUUCUGGAGAUCUUGUUUUUGCUCCUGCGAAAGAGAGUGUGGGGUAAUAGAUCAAGGCCAUGUCCCUCUCAACCCAGCCUGAAACAGGCGAGGAUCAGAAUAUUUUGGUAGCAACACUUGACAAUGUCCGAAACCUCUCUAAUAUCCUGAAGGCCAUUCAUUUCAAAGAUCAUGCUACCUGCUUUGCUACUACAAAUGGACUCAAGGUCACAGUGGAAAAUGCAAAGUGCUUGCAGGCUAAUGCUUUUAUUCAGGCAGGGAUUUUCCAAGAAUUUGUAGUACAAGAAGAAUCUGUCAUGUUCAAAAUCAACCUUUCCAUCCUUUUAGACUGUUUGACCAUCUUUGGGGCAAGUUCUUCACCAGGAUACCGAAGGCUCCUCUCUCUUCUCACUUCAGGAACUCAGACUGCUCUUCGGUUGUGCUAUCAGGGUUAUGGAUAUCCUCUGACACUUUUCUUGGAAGAAGGAGGUGUGUUAACUGUGUGUAAAAUCCGCACUCAAGAACCUGAAGAGCUCCUUGACUUCGAUUUCUGCAGCACAAAUGUUGUAAACAAAAUUAUCUUGCAGUCGGAGGGGCUUCGAGAGGCAUUUUCUGAACUGGAUAUGACCAGUGAUGUGCUGCAAAUUAUAAUGUCUCCAGACAAGCCAUAUUUCAGAUUAUCUACUUUUGGGAAUGCUGGAAGUGCACAUCUGGACUACCCUAAAGAUUCAGAUCUAAUUGAAGCUUUUCACUGCAAUGAAACCCAGACGAACAGAUACAAGAUAUCAUUACUCAAGCCAUCUACAAAAGCACUGGCUUUAUCAUGCAAAGUGUCUAUUCGAACAGAUAACAGAGGCUUUCUCUCAUUGCAAUACAUGAUCAGAAAUGAAGAUGGACAGAUCUGUUUUGUGGAAUACUACUGUUCCCCCGAUGAGGACAUUACUGCAGCAGAAAUAUAACUGUCAUGCCGAGUUCUUUUUCUUUCUCCGUUCACUAAAAUUAUUCAAAAUUGGGAUAUUCAAUUAAAAAUGAAAGUAUUCAGAGUAAUUGCCCAGAAGAUCAGUUGGGAAAGAGCAGGGCAGGAGAAACAGAAUAAUACUCUAGUCUUCCUUACGUAAAGGAUGAAAGUCCAAUGGAAGCAAAGUCUGUUAGGACAGAGAACUCAAUUUUGCCCAGGCUGGCAAGCAUCCUUUUCAACUAGAAAUGUCUUUCUCUGGAAGAACAAUGCCUCACAAGUGGGAAUGUGUGGCUCUGCUUGAGUUUUGGCCUAUAGCUCCCAUGAGCUGUCAUCAAGAUUGUCCAUGCUGAGGUAGGAUGGGAACUGUCAGCCGAAAUAUGUGGAGGGCUAUGAGUCAACCACUUCUGGUGCAGAUGGAUGAAGCGCCUCUGUGUGGCUGGCUCCUUGGUGGGGUUGUGGUGGCUGGAGAAUCGUCUUGGCCAGGUUUGACAUUACGAGGGCGGUCUGUCUGACCUUCAUUGCCACAUACUUGGAUGUAAGCUAGCUAGGUGUGGUGGUGGGGAGAAUGCCUCCGCCUGGUCACACAAUGCUAGAAAAAGGGUAGGAGGAAGGGACAAUGUUUCUGUCAAAGCUUCUAAUGUCUCAUCACAAUAUAGGGCUGGAACUAAAGUGGGAGCCAAGGACCUUGACCAAUAUAACAUUUAACGUAAAUUAGAUGACUUACAGGUUUGUGAAUGGCAGAAAACAACUCAAUUUUGUAUUGUUGUAUAAUUUAUUUCAGUAACCAAUAUAUGACUAAUAUAAUCCAUGACUGGUGAGUUUUAGCAAAUUAGACAUUGUAACCUCUAAUUUGAAUACCUGCAAAAUAGUAUCUCUGCCCCUCCAGGCAUCUGCUGACCACCUGCUUCAUUGCUGUGGGUAGCAGAUGGAGUAUAGAGAGGCUGGACCCCUCUGUGUGUGGGGGGGUGGGAGGGGGGAAGAGCUGUGAUUUUUUUCGGAGGUAAAGGCUCCCAAAUGUUUCUUUGAUAUAAGGAAGCAAUCAAGAAAAGCAUAACCUUGCAUAAUUAUGGGUCCCUGGGACAGCAGCCAAUUUCCCAAUCCUCUGCCUUUGUAUUUGCAUGUUUGAUAAUCUCCAGUUCACAUGUGAAAUAAAAAAUGCAGUAGAAGCCA